AUGUCCGCUUCACGCCCCACGAUCCUUCUCAUCGGUGUUUCACGUGGCCUUGGCCACGCCAUGGCGGUCGAAUUCCUAGAAAAGGGAUGGAAUGUUGUCGGGACAGUCCGCGGAGAGUCGCGAAAAUUACUCCACGAGCUAGAAGACAAGUACAACGGUCUGAUUGACAUCGAGACCUUGGACAUUUGCCAACCCGAUCAAAUCCAGGCGCUAGACAAGCGUUUGUCGGGAAAGAUAUUCGAUAUCCUCUUUGUCAACGCUGGAACAACGAAUCGUGACCAAACCCAAAAAAUUGGCGAUGUAUCAACCGAGGAGUUUGUACAUGUCAUGGUUACGAAUGCGCUCAGCCCCAUGCGUGUCGUUGAACGUCUGGCACAUCACGUGGCUCCGAAUGGUCUUAUUGGUGUGAUGUCCUCUGGACAGGGAAGCAUCAGCAACAAUGAAACCGGUCAGCGAGAGGUAUAUCGUGGCACUAAAGCCGCGCUGAACAUGUACAUGCGAAGCUUUGCAGCUCGUCAGGCCCCAUCGCGUCCAAUGGUGGUGAUGGCUCCAGGGUGGGUCAAAACCGAGCUGGGGGGUGCGGAUGCUCGGCUUACCAUCGAAGAAAGCAUUCCCAGCUUGGUCAAUGUACUUAUUGCAAAGCAAGAACGACCUGGACUCGAAUACCUCGACUACCUCGGCCGAACUGUUCCUUGGUGA